CUCAUGUGUAGUAUCUUAUCUUUUAAACUGAAACCAAGUUCGAUAUAUAUGUACUUCCUCCCUGGUUAUAUAAAAUAUUUAAUGUGGAUGUAACCUAACUUUUUUCAUGAUUGUUUAUUGUGGUGUUUAUCUGUGGUAAUAAGUGUAAUUAUAUUAAGAAACAACUGAUUUUGUGCAUAACAUAAAGACCGAAAAAAAUUGGAAGAAGUUAAGCAGCAAUAUUUUUUAAAAACAACAAAUUGGAUUAACUAUAUAAUCUAAAAUGUACAUUUAAUGUACAAUAUCUACCUUAACUUUGUUAAACGAGCUUUAAAUAAAUCUUCACACUAUUAAAAAUUUAUUAUUUUAAUAAUGAAUAUUAACUCAGAUAACAAUGAACCAGUAGAAAAAAGAACUAAAUCUAAUGAUAUAGAAAAUGAUUCAUUCAGUGUUUUAGAAGAUGAAAGUGACACAGAUAAACAUUCUGAAUGUCAAAAAAUGAUGGAUUUAAUAGAUAAUGAAGAUGAAAGUAUUUUGCUAUCAAAUAAAGAUGAUGAUGAUGAUGAUGAUAGUUUAUUUCCAUUUCCUCCUGACAAUGAUGUUACAGACAUGUUGGAAGGAGUAAAAUAUCAUGGAUCAUUUCCUACAAUUACAGAUCGAUAUUUUACUGCUUAUUAUAAAUUAGAUGUACAAAGUCCCGCAGAUGACAUUUGUAUUUUAAUGCAUAGUAACCGAAUUUGCAUGCUUACUCUUGCUCCGAGUCACGCAAUUCUUCAAGAUGAUAAACAUAUAAUAAAAGUAGACUUCAAAGUUAGCAAUAAAUUAGAUAGAGUUCAGAAUAAAGUUUCUGGUAAAAGUAAACAUGGUGCUCAACCUUUACAAAUGAAUUCUAAUAUUUGCAUAAUUACUUGUUCAAACGAAAAAACGUACGUUAUAAAAUGUUGUAUAAUUGGCAAAUUGGUAGAAGUAAAUGAAGCACUAAUACAAAAUCCUAAGCUCUUGUUGGAACCUCCACAUAGAGCAGGCUACUUAGCUAUAGUACUGCCAAAUAUAAAACUUUUAGACAAAAUGAAAAAAUCCUUAUUAACUCAAGAACAAUAUGACUUGAAGAUGCUAGAGCGACGAAGCACUACAAAUCACUUGGAAAUAUCAGAAAUAUGCACAUCAAAUACUUUAUUAAAAAAUGACCUAAAAAUAAUAAAUAAGGAAAUUUAAUUACUUACUAUAGUGAAAACCAAAUUACAUUAUGUAAUCCUAUUUCUAAUUGAUUUCAUUUGGCUAAAUAAUAUUAUACCAUUUCAUUUAAACCUUCAACAUGUAUAUAUAUAUAAAAGUAUUUACUUAUAUUUUUGUCUAUUAUAAUCAAUAUUUCAGAACAGUAGUUCCAGUAACUGUUUUCUAUCUACACUGCUGUAAUCUUUGGUGUACCUUCCAGUUCAUAAAUUUGGAAUAGUAUUAAAUAAAAAUUAUUUUUAUUUAAAUUA